AUGACUGGAUUUAGGCAUAACCAAGUGGGCUUGGGUGAGGCUCAUCUGGAAUUCACAUCAGGCUCGAGUGCGUCUGUCUUCUUGUUCGCAAAAUCCGUCGCUUUGCUGGUUGCCAUCGCCUUCUUUGUGUGGGAGUUUCGUUCAUGGUAUCGCCUGCGAAAGAUCCCUGGACCUUUCCUUGCCUCGAUCUCGGUUCUAUGGCAAUUGAAGAAAGCAAUUGGGGGAACAUAUCAUGAACACCUGAAUGAUAUCGCCAGGAAGUAUGGCCCCCUCGCCCGCAUCGGGCCCAACGAGCUCAUCUGCACAGACCCGGACUCGCUGCGCAAGAUGUCGGCCGUCCGCUCGCCAUACACCAAGGGCGACUUCUACGACUCCGGCCGGAUCACUCCGGGCGUGGAUAAUGUCGUUUCGAUGCGGGAUGAGAACGAACACAAGGCUAUGAGGGCGAGAAUGGGCCCGGCUUACGCCGCCAAAGAGAACGAAGGUUACGGCUUUGAAAUCGGGAUCGACCGCCAGCUCAUGAAUUUCGUCCGCCUGAUAGACCGACAUUACGUUUCCACCGACUCGGAAUUUCGUCCGCUGGAUCUCGCCGAGAAAACGCAGUUCUUUGCGCUCGAUGCCAUUGGAGAUGUUUCCUUUGGUGGUGCUUUUGGGUUUCUCGCUGAGGAUCGGGACCUGUUUCGGUACAUUGAAAUCAACGAGUCGUCUUUGCCGAUUAUGAAUGUCGUCUCGGUGCUUCCUUGGCUUGGAAGACUCGUUCAUAAGUGGCCUUUUAGACUCAUGUUACCCAAAGAGGGUGAUCAGGUCGGGUUUGGUCGUUUGAUGGGCUUCGCUAGAAAUUACGCAGAAAUGAGACUUCAACCCGGCGCGAAGCCUCAGAAAGACAUGAUGCAAGCUUUCAUCAACCAUGGCCUCGAUAGAGAUGAACUCAUCCAACUUGUGUAUAUUCACAUGAUCGCUGGCACAAACUCGGCCGCACAAGCCAUGCGCAUGACAUUAUUAUCUUUAAUCAACAAUCCUGUCGCAUACCGACGGCUCCAACAGGAAAUUGAUGAUGCCAUUGCCGCCGGCGUAAUCAGCUCCCCCAUCACCAAUGCCGAAGCCCCUAAACUUCCAUAUCUCCAGGCCGUCAUCCGCGAAGGCUUGCGCUUCUACCCUCCCGUCACUGGUCUCGGCUUCAAGCAGGCACCUGAAGGCGGGGACGUCCUAAACGGCUACUUCGUUCCCGGCGGUACGCAGAUCGGACACAACUUCUUCGGCGUCGGACGCUCACUCUGGGUGUGGGGUCCGGACGCCGAUGUCUUCCGCCCGGAGAGAUGGCUUUUGGCAAGUGAGGAUGAGCUUAAGCGAAUGAACGCUGCCGUUGAUUCCCACUUUGGCCACGGUAAGUACUCUUGUCUCGGGAAACCGAUUGCCAUGAUGGAGUUGAACAAGGUCUUUGUUGAGCUUUUAAGGAGAUAUGACUUCACCGUCAUGAACCCGGAAAAGCCAAUCAAGACUCUCAGUGCCAUUUUCUUCGUCGCCAGGGACUUUUGGGUUAGGCUGACCAGACGCCCAACGAGGGAAUAA